UCUGUUGACCUUUGUCCCAGUCAGCACAUGGCGCAGACGAUAUUCAUGGGGACGGUUGCGUAAAGAUUUCUUUCCUUCAGAGUAGACUUAUACAUCCUUAGAUUACCUUAACAUGGCGACUAGAGUGUUCACUAGAUAUCUGUGGUACCCUGUGUUACAGUCAAGAGCGUUCACAACGAACGAAGCUGUCAGAAGCGGACUUUUAAAAUUGGAACGAGGUGGGAGGGGGGCGACCAACGUCAGAUCAUGCGUAGCCAGAUACAUGUCAACAGAUGUGGACGUAGAAGAGAGAAUGCAGAAACCGAAGAAGUUUAAGAAGCCUAAACGUGAGAUCUCGGCGCUGGAGAGACGGCUGAUGAACCUGUCAGAGCAGGAAGUGGACUUCACGUCGGAGAGCUCGGAGAGAGACGUCGACUGGAGCACUGAUGAAGAUGACAGCAGACGGUUUGCCAAGGUGAAUUCCAAUCACGUUCCUGUGUCCAUGGAGCGAGUCAGAGCCAGGAAUAUUGGAAGCUUUGAUGUGGACUUCCUACACGAGACCAAGUCAGCCCGACCUAGAGCUGGGAGGCCUGCUCAGAAACCCUGGAAACAAGAUUAUGGAAGCAGCUGGAGACAGGACAGAUGGAGAGAUGAGGAUGAUGAGCCGUCACCGUGGCAACAGCGACGGAGACAACCGCGGAGAUGGGAAGAUGGUGAAAGCAACUAUGGUGAUGAUGAGCCAGCGCCAUGGCAACAGAGACGAAGACAGCCGCGGAGGUGGGAACAUGGUAUAAGCGACCAUGGUGAUGAUGAAGCCGUGUUGCCAUGGGAACAGUCACCUAGGCAGCAGAGAAAUGAGAACAGGCAGUUGAAGUUUGCCCCUGCAGUAGGCAAUGAAUUCCUGUUUGGCAUCGCCCCCUGCCUUCUGGCCCUUCAGCAAGGUCAGAGGUCAUUCAGUCAGCUGUUCCUGAAGGAUGCGCCCUACCAGACAGGUGCAGACAGGAUCGAGGAGAUAGAGAGCCUGGCAGACGAGAAGGAAGUGAAAGUUGUCAGAAUACCCAAGCAUCGAAUGACUAAGAUGAUCGGGGACGGAACCCACCAGGGAGUGUGUUUGGAAGCUACCAAAAGAAGAGCUGAACCUCUUAGCCUAGAAGAUAUCAGCCCAACUGUAGACGUGGACUCAGAGAGACCUCCUAUCUGGUUGGUUCUGAAUGAAGUGCAGGACCCCAUGAAUUUUGGUGCCAUCCUGCGGUCAUCGUACUACCUUGGAGUGGACAAAAUUAUAGCCAGCAGCAGUAAUUGCUGCCCUUUGACCCCUGUGGUGAGCAAAGCAAGCUCAGGAGCCAUGGAGACUCAGACAGUGUACUCUAUGGAAGACAUUCCAGCACUCUUACAGAACUUGAGCAGUUCAGGGUGGACAGUGGUGGGGACAGUGGCAGCCACUGAAGACGUGGAGGGCACAGUCGUAUGUGGGAACUUUGCUCUGAGUGGACCCACAGUCCUGGUUCUUGGCAAUGAGGGUCAUGGACUGGGCACGGAGCUGGAGAAUUUGUGUACGACAAAAGUCACAAUUCAGCCUGGGAGAGAACUGCAUCCUGGGAUUGAUUCCCUCAACGUCUCUGUAGCAACAGGAAUCCUGCUUCACAGCAUCCUGUCCAACAGAAAGUAGUCUCAAAGUCAGCAUUGCACUGUGUUCAGUGGACUCAUCUUAAAUGUAUUGUAGUAUGAAAAAGGCCUCACAUGAACUGAUGCUAUGCAGCCAAAGUCCUGCUCCAACUGCUUGCUGAUCGACAGUUGAUGCCUAUGGAAAAAUUACUAAGCCUGGUUCACAUUGUGCUUGCAAACACAUUAUGAUUAACACAUGUAAUGGACUUAUUCAUGCAAUGCAACAAAGUAAGAGGAACUAUAAUAAUGUGAUAUUGUUAACAGUAUGAGAAAUAAAAUCAGUGAUCAGUGAAA